AAGACAACCUUCCGCCAUCCAACAUUUCCUAAAGCUGAAGAGUGGAAUUGAGUGAGGCGACGAUUCUUAGCAUUCUCAGUUCAGUUUGGUUCAGUCGCUCGUCAACCUUAAAAAGUGGCGGUGCUAUUUGGUGCCGUCCGUGUUAUUUUACUUCAUAUAGUGCGUAAACAUUGAGUGUAAAUAACUCAAAAUCAAGUAUCAGUUAUUAAUUGUUUUUUAUUCACUCGACUUAUUAUGGUACAUAAAAAUGCUGUUAUAAUUAUCAUCUGAAAUAUACUACGAAUAUAUUGAAUGGAGUGCAAAUUCAUGUUAAAAAGACAUUCAAAAACUUUCUAACCUAAAUCUUAAAAUUGACUGUGAUACUACCGCAGUUUAUUUGAUCAUUUUUUAUUUAGGUUCAUUACAAGAUUUCAUAAUCUCAUGGUGUUUUAGUUAUACAAUUAUUGGUAAUGAGAUUAUAUACAAUCUCUUGUGAUUUAUAUUUAUAGUCAAAACAAAAGUUUUAUCAAGACAUUUUGCUAAAUAGUGCUUCCGUGAGGUUUUUUAUGUAUAUUAUUAUUCCUCAAGGAAUAACGUAUUGUUUUUCAUUCGUCGCUCAGAUUGACCAAUGAACAGUGGUAAAGUGCAUGGUCUAUCGCAACGGCGAGACGACAACCAGUGACACUCAUCCUCGAGUUCAACAUAAGUAAAAGAUCAAGCUCGAGUGAUAGAGUGAACGUUGUGUUAUGAAACUAUUGCCGACGAUUCAGUUGCCGCAACUACCGCCGGUCUCUACUGCUGGCGGCAUGACGGGAAUGGAGUCCCGUCUCCCACCAGGGAUAUCUCUACCUUUCAGUCCUACAGAUUUGUUAUGGCGAUAUCCAACCAUGAGCUUUCCAUCGCAUCCACCACAGAGUCCUUUACUAGAUUUUAAAACCCAUUUGCCUUCAAGUUUAGCUUCUGAUCCAAGAGUAUGGUCGAGGGAGGAUGUUGUAACAUUUCUACGAUGGGCUGAAAGAGAGUUUGAUUUACCGCAAAUCGAUAUGGACAUGUUUCAAAUGAAUGGAAAAGCGUUGUGUCUCUUAACGAAAUCCGAUUUAGGUGAGAGGUGUCCAGGUGCGGGUGAUGUUUUACAUAAUGUUCUCGGAAUGUUAGCGCGAGAUUUCAAUCAACUGCAACGAUGUCUUCCAAGCAGUCCAGUAACGCCUACGAGGUCUUCAGCUUACCCUCUGAGUCCUCAUUCUCAUCCUCCAACGCCGACAUGGGUAGAAAGUCCAUAUGCGGCAAAUCUUGCCUCACUCAUGUCUGCCAACUCGGUGACACUUUCGCCGGCACCGUCAGUUGAUAGUCAGGCGGGAUCUCCCGGUCACACAGAAAGUAGUAAUCAGAUUCAAGUAUAUAAAAGUGAUUCAGAUGAAGACAAUCAUCAAAGUAGUAGUAGCCCGCCUGCAACACCUACGGCUCUUACGGCUCAGAGACUCAGUGAAGUUUGCGUCAAGGAUCAACCAAGUCCCACUUUGUCAUCUCAAUUGAUGCCGCUCACGCCUGGAGGAUUUCGACCUGCUUCAACUGUCGCACGAGAAUUUUUUUCCAGUGACACAUCCGAACCAAAUACAAAUGGCAGACUAUUAUGGGACUUUCUUCAACAGCUAUUAAAUGAUCCAUCACAAAGAUAUACACAUUACAUAGCGUGGAAAAGUCGAGAAACUGGAGUUUUCAAAAUAGUUGAUCCACCAGGGCUUGCUCGUCUUUGGGGUAUUCAAAAAAAUCAUUUGUCAAUGAAUUAUGAUAAAAUGAGUAGAGCACUUCGUUAUUAUUAUCGUGUUAAUAUACUCAGGAAAGUUCAAGGAGAACGUCAUUGUUAUCAAUUUCUUCGUAAUCCAACGGAGUUAAAAAAUAUAAAGAAUAUUUCAUUAUUACGUCAGCAAAUGCGAAUAAAGUCAGAGCCUGAUGAUGAGAGUACAGUGUCUGGCAAUGGAAUAGAAGCAGAAAUUGAUAUGCCAACAGAUCUUUCAAUGUCAAGCAUGAAUCAACCAACAUGUGAGCAGCCUCUUUCUCUUCAUGAUCCUCCUGCUAAGUAUCGCAGCCAUGCAUAUAAUCUUGUCAAAACUAAUCAAGAACCGGAAGAGCGGAAGUGACGCGAAACUUAGCAGCGACACAUUCGAUUACAUUUAUAAAUAGUCGCUGUUAUCAGAUGUCUUAAAAAGACUAUUACGUUUUACAAGCUUAUUAUUGUACCGAAGUGAAUCUAAAAAGAAGACUGAUUCAUACAAAUUGACAAUCCAAAAUGAUCGUAAUUUGUUUUUUUUUCUUUUUUGGAACGUUUUAUAAAAUCUCCUACGUUCAUUAAUGAUCUGUUUAAAUGUAAAAUGUAUAUCAUUUAAAUUACCGUAUGAGAUUUCAACUGGAUUUCCAGUGACUUCAGUACAGUCGUGAUAUUUUUUAUUUUUCUUUAAUUCAAAGGAAAAUGGAAAAAGAAAUUCAAGCUGAGAUUGAAUAAUUAAAUAUAAAUUUAAUCGAGAUGUGACUAUUUUUAUGCCAUCUGCUCAAUAUCCAGUCAUUCUUAUUAUUUUGACUUUUAUAAAGAAAAUGUGAAUAUAAAGAGGAAAGCUAUUGUUGAUAGUAAUAAUGAUAUACUCAGAGUAAUAAAUGAUUUUUAAUAAAGAAUAAUAGUGUGAGUGGUAGAGUUGCAGUGAGUUAAAAUAGUCAUAAUAAGAAAUUGUGCGCAUAAAUCGAAUAUAUAAACUAUUGAAUUAAGAGAAAAAUAAUCCGUACAUAUUCGGAUAAAGAUGUGCCAAGAACGUUACCUUAAUAUUAGAAAAAAUAAUUUUGUUUUAUGUACAUGAAGGCUGAUUUAUUAUAAUAAGCUUUCAAUGUACGAAAUGUAUGUAUUAUUAAGGCUCGCCAAUUUUUGCACUAAGCCUUAACGAAUUUUUCAACAAUACAAAGUUAAGCAUGUGCGAAUAUAUUUGGCAGGUUGCAAUCUUAAAAAAAAAA